AUGUCAGACAGUUAGAAUGAUAUUAAUAGUACAAUAAUUAUGAUAACAUUUUGCUUUCAAAGAAUUAGCUUGUUAUUUUCUUUUGAUCAGUUUGCUGAUAAACCAUACGAAGAUUACAAAUUACAAUUCCUAUAAAAGUUUUUUAAUUGGUUUACACUCUAAACACCCAUACAUAUGAUUAACAGCUAACACUUUAGUAAAAUUGCGAUGUACAUCAUUUGCGUAUAUUUAUGGCUCAUUAUUAUUAUAAUGUUUACAAAGGUAAAAUGGAAGAUUCUAUUGUAAAAUUUCUUUGCUUUUUAUCAGUUGUUAAUAAUAAUCCCUUUGAUUGAACACAUGGAUACUCGUAUAUCUCAAAAUGAAGAUUUAUUAAUUGGAAUAGUCACUUUGAUUCCACUAACCCUUUGCUAUAUUUUCUUCUUCCUUAUUCACAGAAACUAUCUAUUGCCCUAGAAAAACAUUUACAUGAGACGUUAUUCAUAUUCUAAUAUCUUGAUGAUUGUAUUCGAUAUUUCAAUUAUGAUAACUAUCUAAAUGGUUGAUGAAUUAAUUUCAUCAAUACUAAUAAUAUUUAUGUCAAUUCUCCUAAUGAUUGAUUCAUUCCUAAUUCAACCGUAUUCCUAUCAGGUUAAUAUGAAAUACAUAAGUGCUACUUCAUUUAUAUUUUGUGCCUCUACUAUCAAGAUAUUCUCAUUCAAGAUAUCAUAGGAAGAGACCUUUUAUUGCUUGAUUCUCUUAGUCCCAAUGAUAACAGUUAUUUUUACACAAUUUUUUUAACGACUAGUACACAAAUAAAUAUUUGAUGAUUAAUUAGGACUAGCUAAAUUAUUAGCGAUAAUUGAUUUGAUAAAUGAUAAAAAAACUAAUCAUUUUUAAAUGAUUUCUAUUUUAAAUCAUAUGAAACAAUAACACAAGAUAAUAAUUGAUAAUGAUAAUAUUUAUGUCAAGAUUCAGUAAACAGUAAUUUAACUUUUUGAUAUAGUAAUUGCUAAAAUCAAGACUCAAGAUUCUACAAUUUUAGAAUAGGUAUAACUUUACAAAAUCCUAUAUAUCACAAACACAUGUAAGAGAGUGUCUUUAGGAUACAUAGAAUUAAAAAUAUUUAUAGCUGUCACUCAAAAGUAAAGUCUCUAUUUUACAAUAAUAUCCAAAUUGCUACAAGAGAAAAUGUCAAAGCGCAGAAAAUAUUUUAAUGACUAAGAAUAAAGAUUAUCAUUAAUAGAUAUUCGCAAGGCAGAAUUAUUGUAUGAAGACUCCAUAAAUUUGAUAGUUAAUAUCUUAGAUAUGAAAAUUAAAUUUUGGAUUGAUUUAGAGAAAGGAUAUCAGAGAAUAGAGGAAUUCGCAUUGAGUGCAUAUAAUCUUAGUGAAAAGAUAUGGCAACUGAGAGAUUUCUUUUUUGUAUAAUUUUCAAUAGAGCCCUUGAAGUUACAAUCUCGACUAGUACAUUUCAACAUACUUGAAUUAAAGCUUUUGGCUAUUCUAUAUUCUGCAAUUCUAAAUGAUUAUCAUGCUACAUUGGACAUUGAAUAAAAAGUAGAAGAAAUUGUAUAGAAUGAAAAAAACUCAUAAAACGAAUACAUUAAUAAUAUUACUUUAAUAAAUGAUGAUUUGGUUAUGAUGGCAGUAAGCUUUGUAAAAUAAAAAAAUUAAAUUUUAAAUAAAAAUAGAGGGCAGAUAGCUAAAUUUUUUGGAUAUGAGAAUGAAAAGGAUUUUCUCAAUAUCAUCUCUAUUGAGCAAUUAAUGCCUCCAUAUAUUUAACAAUCUCAUGAUACUCUUUUGAGAAAGUACUUGAAGAAAGGAUAUUCAUCAUUCUUUGUCUAAUCAAAGGAAGUUUAUAUUAAAAUGAAGACCAAUUUUAUUCAAGCAGUAAACAUGAAUUUAUUACAUAUGUAUGAGCAAGAUUCAGAUUAUAUUAUAACUGGAGCACUCUAAAAAGUGAAGUAGAUGUAUGAUUUUAUUAUUUUUGAUCGAAAAGGCAAGAUAUUGGGAAUUAGCGAAUAAAUCUUUAAGAUAUUUGGUUCAGGGUUUAGCAUAGAAUAACUAUUAAAUAGAGGUUACAUAUAUUUUUGGAUUCCUAAUGUAUUUGAAAUUAUAUAGGAAGAGAAAGGCCAAUUAUUAGAAAACACAGAAAUUUAAUCAAGAAGUAUGCUAAAAUAAUAAUUUUUAUUCUCUAUUAAUAAUUUUAAUUAACUUUGCUAAGAUCAUGAAUUAAGUAGAACUAAUAGUACUGUUAAAAAUUAAUAAUCAUAGAAAUUUUAUACUGAAUUAAAUGAGACAGAAUAAAUGAUCUCUGUUGGAAAUGUCAAUUCGAUUCAUUUUCUAAAAGACUAGAACGUUUCAUUAAUAAAUGAAUUCUUAACUAAAUAUAAUCAGAGUAGAUAUGUUGAUUAGGAUAAUUUGUAUUCAAUGAAAUACUCUAUAUCUUUUAAUGUUAUAGGAGGUGAUUUAUUACCAUAAUUUGUAAUAUAAAUUAAUGAAAUUGAAAAAGUAAAUCCUAAAAAGCAAGGAUAAACCUUUUCAGUGAGCCUUUUUAGUACAAUAAAGAAAAGCACAAUUAAUGAUAGAGUAACUGAGAGUUGUUUCGUUUUGGAGCAUGAGAUGAACGAUAACAAUUUGAAUAUUUAAAUAAAUCCUCCUAUAAUCAACAAAAUGAGUAGAUUCUAAGAUUCAAAAUUAGAAGACAGUUCAAAUAAAUAUCCAAUUUAUAAUCAAAGCAAUGAACAAUUUAAAUUAAUAUCUCCAAGGGGUAAUAAAGAAAUAUUGAUUGGAAUUGAUGACUAUGAAGAUGAAGAAGAUGAUCAGAAAUUUUAAGAUGCCCCAAAAAGUAGUUCUUAGUAGCAUAACAAUUAACCUGAUGUAAUAUAAGCAAUUUAAUAAUACAAAGAAUUAGAUUAAGAGUUUAAAGAAAAUGCUAAACAAUCUCAGUCAAGUGGAACUUCAGAUCGAACUUAAAUGUCGGUUUUUAAUAUUUUAAAAAAUUUACAAUACUCUUAGCGAUAUUAAACAACUCUUAUUAAAGUCUUUAUAAACACAUUAUUCCUCUUUAUAAUCCUCUUAUUCCUAAUAGUUCUUCAAUUAGUCAUAUCAAGAAGUAACACCAAUAAUUUAUAAUAUUAAAUUCCUCUUGUUGGAUUACCAGAUGAAUUCAGUAGAAUUUAUAAUACAUUUACUGUUCUUGGUCAAAUGGAUAUAGAAAUUAAGAUUUUGAAUAUGUCGCAUGGAGUUUAUUAUGAUCAUCGUAUAGAGGUAGAUAGCACUAUUUUGAGAGAAAAUUUGUUAACUUUGAUUGUGGAAAUUGAAAAAGAGUUUUCAAAAUUGGAAUAAUAAGGUAAGCUAAAUUAAGCGUAAGUAAAGAUUGUUACCGAAUAUAGCUUUGAUUCAUAUAAUAUCUCGAUAUUAUAAUUUAACUAAAUGGUAAAUGAAUAUACAGAAGCUUUAGAUUAACUUUUUGAUUAUGAUAACUAAUAAGAUGUCGUUAAUGAAUAAAUUAGAUUAAUGUUCUUCAAAGCCAAUUUAAAUAACUUAUUAGAUUUCGUUAGUAAUUUAAUCAAUAAUAUUGUAAAUGAAUUUUUCACUAAUAUUGAAAAUUAUGAAUUGCUUUACUUAAUCUUUUUAUUCAUAGAGUUGCUUAUCAUUAUUGUCGCUAUUUUAAUGCAAUUCAAUCUUUGGGUUGAUCCUUAUGUCUAUAAACAGAAAAUUCUGCUAAUGAUUUAAAGAGUACAAGAGAAGGAAAUAGAUUUAUUGUUACUAAAAUAUAAGACUUUUAAGGAAAUUUUGUUAAAUGAUAUUAACAAAUGGAAGUAAGUUAACUACUUUAAAGAGUUCUUCACUUGUAGAAUUUCAUAAUUGAGAAAAAUACAGAAUUUAAAAUAAUAACACGAAAUCAAUAAAAAAUAACAAAAGUUGUAAUAAAGAGCUAAAAUCAAUACAAGAAUUCAAGAAACUCAGUAUUCAGUAAUUCAUAUUUAUUUUAUGUUACUUUUUCUAUGGUUAGUUAUGACAUCGUUUGUAUUAUCCUCAUAUUUGUACCAAUACAUUAACAUUACAAAUUCUUAUCCAGAACUUAAUUUGUGCAUGCAGUUUGUAAGAUUUAAAUAAGAAUUUGAUGCUACCAUGAUUAUCAGUUAAUUAAUGAAAAACGCGCCAUUAUUAAAUUAAAACUAAAUUGAAAGUGGAAUUUUUAAUAAGAAAUCCUGA